AUGAUUCAUGAUCCAUUACCUCAAGGAUUUGUCUAUCUCAAUACAAUUGUACCCGAUAUACAAGUUAGUUUACGUUAUGCAACUAUCGAAAACUUUAUGGGCACACAUGCUGAUGGAUAUUUGAAAAAUGUUUCAAUAAUGACAGAACGAGCUGCUCUCGGUCUAAAGCACGUGCAAGAAAUGCUCAGAAAAGACAACUGUGAAUUGGUCAUCUACGAUACUUAUCGUCCUCAAAAAGCUGUUGAUCAUUUUAAGAGAUGGAGUCAAGACGUGCACGAUCAAAUAAAAAAGAAAAGCUACUAUCCACGUAUCAACAAAGAAGAUGCGUUUACACUUGGUUAUAUAGCUGAGAAAUCUGGACAUACACGAGGAAGUACAGUUGAUCUGUCUAUUAUUCCUCUUGGAGAAAAAGUGCACACCGUUGAUGUUAUCGAUAAGAGUUUAAAUGAUGGUUUUCACAUCUGGUUUCUUGAUGAUGGUACAGUGAAUAUGGGAUCAUCGUUUGAUUUAUUUGACAAUGCUUCUCAUACAAAUAGUACUUUGGUUAGUGAAGAGGAACAUCAACUCAGAAUGUAUUUAAAACGCAUAAUGGAACAAGCGAACUUCACCAACUAUCCACUCGAAUGGUGGCAUUAUACAUUGAAUAAUGAACCCUUCCCUGAGACAUAUUUUGAUUUUGAUAUCAAUACAAAUGAUAUCGUAGGUGUGAAAGAACAAGUUCAGCGAGAUUUGUGA